UGGACACCGAACGAGACACCUGAUUUACCUUUGUCUUCAUAAAAAGAUUCUGUUCUUCAGCAAUUUCUUCAAGUAAGCAAACAUUCCAGGUGAGUCAUUUGUAUUAUUUUAUUUACUAUACUACUUGAUUCAAUCCAGAAUAAUUACAAAGUAUGUAUUCAAUAUAUUCAUAGAGUGGUGAAACAUAUCUUUUUGGAACAUAAAGACUUUGAGGGAUCUUGGGUUAUCAUGAACCACAACCCUGAACGUUAUGUGUGAAACACCUUUCAACGUUCAAUUACAUUAUUAUUAUUAUUAAUUGGGUAAUAAAUUCAUUAUUUGGUAUUAUUAAAAAUAUUAUUAUACACAUAACUGAAGUAAUCUCCUCAGAGAGUUUGAUGGGCUAAUUUUAGUAUAGGAGCAGGUGUAACAAUUUCCUUCCAAGUAGUAUUUACUCUCUCGUGAAUUUAAUGUAGUUUAGAAAACUGGAAGACUAUAAAAGGAAGGAGCUUUGUCAUUAUUAUUAGCAAUAUUAAAAACAGUAUAUAAGUUAAAUGAAUAUCCGAUAUAUACCUGCAGACAUGGCGGUAGCGUGUACCAACCAUCACAAAGUGACAGUAUUUUUUUUCCAUAGGUGAGACUUAACUGGGAUGGCCAUUAUCACAGUUAGCUGGGUCAAGUAGCUCACGGUAUUCCACUACAAGUAGUUCAAUUCUUGAUGAAUUAUGGCAAAUAAUUUCAUGGGAUGACCCCAUACAAAAUAUAAUACAUCCUUUCAGGGGACAUUCUAAGCACCAUCACCCCUUUAUCUUAAUGUGGUGGUUUUGGAGCAGAGACGCAUUUCCGUUUCUUGGGUAAUGCAAAACAUUGCUAUUUUUGAGAAACCGCAAUGUUUACAUUUGGCUGGAAACAAAAACAUUUGGUGGAUUUCAAAUAGCCAGCCACUGGAGACAAUACCUAGUUAGGACCUUUCAUUUUUUAAGGUCUUAAAGUUUGGUGCGAUCUUUGGAGCAUUGGAUUUGCUGCUUCUUAAUGAGAAGUGUUGUAUUGGCAGAGUACGGCAUGCAUGCACUGCUUCCUUAUGACAAAUAUUGGAUUCGACCUUAGGUCAUCAAGCUGCUUAGCGAAGUCUGUCCCGGACCUGGAUUAUAGAAAGAUUAAUAGUUUUAUUUUUAAUUAUUAUUAUUUAUUUUAAUUUUGUUUUAGCAAGGUAGGGCCUAAUAUCAAUUCUUGCAAAAUAUAUAAAUACACAUGUUCAUUUUAACUGCUAACAUUUUACGUUUAGAUACCACAUUCCCCUUAAAGUACACACAUAGCACUUAAAAUUUAAGAAAUAAAAAUUCUUCUAUAUUUCAGGCAGACAAAACCCCUCCCUGCACAUACCUUUGUAAAUAAAGUCAUUCAUGUUUUUUAAAUGUUUACCUUAAGUGUGUGAUUAUUCUAAAAUGUUUAACUUUUUUAAGAGGAAAAUGAGUUUCUACUUGUAUAUAGUGUAAACUAUUUAGUAAAGCAUUUUAUUCAUUCUAAAUUAAUUAAAACUAUACUGUAAUUCUUAAACGUAAAGUGUAUCUGUCACACAGAAGGUAGAUUCAUUUUAAAGAGCAUCAAAUUCUGUCUGUCUGUCGGUCCGUCCGUCCGUCCAUUUAAUGUUGGAUUCUAGCUCACCAAUUAAGCAAAUCCUCAGCACUAGACCUGUGGUCUGCUGGCACACAAGGUGCAAUGCCAAUGGACUGAAUGACAAGGAAGUCAAUAAGUUGACAAAAGUUCUCUUACUCCCUGACACACUGCUACUCCCCAGCAGGCACUCUACAUACUUGCUGGGGGAGUAUUGGAUACACUAAUGCCAGACUGCUGGCAAUAAAGACAGCAUGUUGGCAUCAGCAUUGAGUUUGUCCCUGCUUUGAAAAGUCAGCAAACAGUGCCAAUCACAGCAGACAGGGACAGUACUGGAGGAUGGGUGUUAUAGUACUGUAAUAUGCACAGACCUUCGAGAAUGAUGGCUCUGGAGCAAAGGGCUUCAGGUAAGUAAAAAGUUGAACUGUUCGAAAAAACACUACCUAUAUUUUGAACUAUAAUAAAUCAUGUGUGUAUAUAUAUAUAUAUAUAGUCUUCAGAGCUGUUAGCUGUUAAAGUGACAGGUUCACAUUAAGUUCAUUUAACCCCUUAAGGACACAUGUAGGCAAUAUUCCGUCAUGAUUCCCUUUUAUUCCAGAAGUUGUGUCCUUAAGGGGUUAAGUUCAUUAAAAUAGAAUACUGGUGCAUUGGAAAAGUAAUUUUCAAUUAAUAUUACUUUGUUAUGAGCAGAUGAUAGAUAGGGAGAUGAGAGUCUUUGGAGCUAUAAUGUCACUCUUUAAUUUUUACCUGUUUAUUAGAAAAGAUGCCAGUUUUCUUUUUUUCCCAAUCGGGCAUAUAAUUAUAGUCUAGCUAAUAAACUGGUGAUAAAAAAUGAAAUAUCUUUCUUAGGUAGGAAAGCUGUGAAGUGCCUGCACAUGAUAUCGCAUAAUAAUUGUUUCUUUCAAGCAAUUGCAUUAGACGUAUUGGCGAGACUCCUACAACAUAGAAAUGAGCAGAAAAAGAAGGAAAAACAAGAACAAAAAAAGUUCUGACAGCGAUGACUGUAAGUACCACGACAUAAACAAACAUUAUAAAACACACAUUGCAAGAGUGAUAUUAGGAACUCAGCAGGUGAGAUAAAUAACAGAUGAAUUAAUAAUGUUUUAGUUAAAUCCGAUAAAAUAGUAAUAUGUUAGUUUCUCUUGGAAACAAGAUUAUACGUUUUAUUUUUAAAUAUGUAUACACAGUUAUUCACUAAACUUGCUAUCGUCGUGAAUCGCUCUGAUGAUUGUAAAUUAAAAGGGCCAGUAUAGUCACCAAAACAACUUUAUCUUAAUCAAGUGGUUUUGGUGUAUAGAUCAUGCCCCUGCAGUCUCCCUGCUCAAUUCACUGCCAGUUAGGAGUUAAAUCACUUUUUCUACAGCCUUACUCACACCUCCCUGUCUGUGACUUACACAGCCUUCCUAAACACUUUCAACAAUGAGUCAUCCAAUGUGUAACCCCAUAAGGACCUCGGAAGUAUCAGGUACGUCCAACAGAAAUCGGUCCUUAAGGACCUGAUACGUCUGCGGUGAAUUAGAGCGCUGGAAGUGCUAAACACAAACACCGCAGAAAUGUAAAAACAGCCCUGGUCCCAAACGGUAAGAAAAUUGAAAAGCGGUCUGGUCACUAAGGGGUUGAACUUCUUUUAUUGCAAAUUCUGUUUAAUUUAGAAUUUCUUGUUCCCUGCUCUGUAAAUAGGAUUUUAGACCCUGCAGAAGCCUCCUGAAAGUAAUUAAAGUUCAAUUACAGAGCAGGAGAUAAAUACCUUUAUAGUAAGUUACCUCCGAUGGAAAAUGAAACCAUUUUGUUUUUAUGCAGGCUGUGUCAGUCAUAGCCAGGGGAGGUGAGGGUAGGGCUGCAUAAACAGAAACUAAAGUGAUUUAACUCCUAAAUGGCAGAGAAUUGAGCCGUGAAACUUCAGAGGCAUGAUCUAUACAUAGAAACUGCUUCAUUAAGCCAAAGUUGUUUUGGUGAAUAUAAUGUCCCUUUCAGACUGAAGGAGCCAAACUGAGAACAUGGUUGACUUGGAAAUGGUUAGUAUAGUAUUUUGGCCAAUAUUUGUAAUUCCCUUGUGAAGUCCAUGGUUUAGUGACUAGCCUAGAUGGUUAUAUAUGUGCUCUUAAUAACUGUUUUGUUCCUAACAUGUGACAUCAUCACUUGCUACAACAAUAGAUGUAACUAGUAAUGAUACUUUUUCUUAAUUUUCUCAGAAAUCUGAUAUUGACGCACGUAUAAUUUAUUUUAUAUUCUUUUCAGGUGAACAGCCACUAUAUGUUUGUAGAUGCCAGAAAGUGUUUAGGAAAACAUUUACUAAACGAAACCAUACAGAAUCAAAAGAAAGCCCAAAGCCUGUUUUCAAAAAGUGGAGUUCUGAGACAGAUCAAGGAACGGAUGAUGAAAUAAAUUCACGUAAAGACUCGACUGGAAUUCAGACAGAAUUACUAACAUGUGAAGAACGUGAUCAAGAAGAGGUGUGUAGGGUUGAAGAUGAAACAGAGUGUGGGAAAUCAGCUUCAGCAGUAAACAUGACACAAAAUGUAGAUGUAACAGAUAAUUCUACUUUGCCCACGGGAGAGAAAUCUGAACUGCAUCAGAAUCUUGAUGAAAGUGGUGAAGAAAUUGCUACACAGGUGAAAGCUAACUGCAUACAUAUGAACUUUACAAUAAAAAAUGGACAGUGUCCAAGAAGCCAGACCCAGAUUCUUAUAACAAACAAAAAAACUCUAACGAAAAGUCGUAGUUACCACGACAGGCAGCAUCAACAAAGUCAGCAAAGUGGGAAUUGUAGGUGGGAUUUUGCUGGCUAUAGACCUGGUAAGGAUAAAAUUCGUUCAUUCACUAAAAAAAAGAGGUCUGAAAGUCCACUGGUCAAAUUGGAGAUUAUAGGAGAAGGAAUUGAAGUAAAAUGUAAAACCAUUAAUAAUAAUUUGAUAUUUCACAUAGAAGCUGGUAAAGUUCACAAUCAGAAAGAUGCUUUUCAAGUCAACUGUGCACAAAAUACAACUGACUAUGUAUCUCCAGAAGGAUCAUGCAACUCUUACCCUGUAUCUGACUUUAGUGUGCAUGAAAGGAACAAACUAUUUGCAAGAUCUGUAUCGCCAGAGUGGUAUUUAGAUGUACCUCCCCCUGAAGAGUUUGCAGAUGAAAAAGAAAAAUGUAUCAAUCCAACUCCAGUUGAUGAGGCCUUACUCUUUGAAGAUUCUGUGAAAGAGUCAUAUUCAUUGCCAUCUAUAUCACCUUGUUGGUGGAAGUUAGAGAAUCACCAUCAAGCAAAUGAUGAAGGUUGCUUACCUGAAACUACAGCUGAAGUUGAUGAGGGCCUUUGUUUACAGUAUAUGAAAAAAUGUGCCGAAUGUUCUCACAGAACAAGUCAGUCAGAUAAAGCCAAGAUAAAUACAUUUCCAUUUAUUUCCAAACAAGAGCUAAAGCUAGGUGCAUCUAGAUUCUGCCACAAGAGCAAAAGUGAUUGUUGUUUUGAUGCCAAAGUUCUAAGAAGAAGAACUCUGCCAGAAAUGUUCUAUGAUCCAUAUAGAGCCUACAAUCAUUUUAGAGAAUCUUUUUUUGACACCGAAGGCCAUCCAUUUAUGUCUACAGUAUUCCCAGAGUUAUUUGGUUCUUCAAAUGCUAACCUGGACAGGAGGCAUAGAUAUUUUCCUAGAGUUGAACUGGAAAGAUCAUUAAGCUCUUCCCAAUUUUCAAGCACUGCUGGAAUUCCAAAUGAGCCAAAUGACCACCUGUUUACUAAAUCAGAUUAUAUGAAAACUGGUUUACAAUCUGUAGAAACUGAUAAUUUUAUUGAUGAUGCUCCUUCUACAGAAAAUCACCGUGAUGGUAAUAUACUCACUGAGGACAUAAAAUCAGAUACAUGCUCUCCAUAUCCCCUAUAUUUAGACACUGUUGAGAAAACAGUUGACGAGGAUGAGGACUUUGAGGAUUUAAUGCAACAUACUUUCGAACAGAUUGAUUUUGCUGAGAGUGGCUUUGAUGAAGAAAUUCUGGAUAGUGACAAUCAUACAGACUAUUCUGAAUCACUAAAUAAAGGGUUUUUGAUUCAAGUUACACCACCAUCUCGAAGUACUUCGAAGGAACAUGUUUUUGAGAAAAGUAACCAUAACAAAACACCUACUGAGCCUUUACAUGACAUAGAAUUAAAAAAAGACGUAUGUCAAUCAGUUGCCACAGACUCUGAUAUACCCACCAGAAAACGAAAAGGCUCAGUUGUUACAGUUCUAACAGGUGACCUUGAGCAAAGGCUAUUACUUCAAGGCGAUAGUCAAGCUCUUAGUGAAGCGAUUGCUUCUAGAGCACAAAGAGAGCUCAUAAAAGAAUCUAAGCAAUCUUGCAUUAUACUUCGAGACUCUGUGCUUACACCAGUACCAGAUGUAGAAGAACAAGAGCUAGAUUCAAAACUGAACAGUUCUUUUGAAGAUCAGAACCCAUACACAUACAAGCAUAUUUCUUCCCAAACAUCUGAAACAUUUGAUCCAUUUUUAUCAAUAGAAAACCAAUGUGAUGAGGCAGAUGUUGCAAGUAUAAGAGCAAAUGAAGGCAUAUGUUCUGAACGGGAAGAAAGCAAUGACAUGUCUGACAAUUUUCAACAAGAUACAUCUCCACGAAAUAGCUCUGACAGUGCAAUGCCAGGAACUUCUUUUGACUCAAUGACAUACCAGAAUUCACAUUUGGUCAAAUCAGAUUCUGAAGAAAAUGGUCGAAAGAAUUCUGAGUCUAAAGAUAUAACCCAAGAAAAACCAGGAAGUCCUAGGAAGAAGACUUGUAAGACAGGUAAAUGUAAGCAAGGAAGGAUGGAAAAAACAAGUUCAACUACUUAGUUAAAAUAGUGGGAAACAUGUUCCACCAAAUUAUAGUAAUAACAAAAGUUAAAUUUCCAAAAGUUAUUUUAAAGGGAAUCUUAGAAAUAUGUCAAGACAUUAAUGUGGGCAUUAAAAUCAAAGUAAAACAAGAAGAAAUUUCAUAUGUGUCUUUACGCAAAGGCCCUAGUGAUGUCGCGAACAGUUCGCGAACUUCCCGCGAACAGCUCGCCACGGUUCGCCACGAGCCAUUCGCGGCGAGCUCCGGUCAGCUGACACAUCCCGGCCAAUCUCCAGCAGACCCUCCCUCCCAGACCCUCCCACCUCCUGGACAGCAUCCAUGUUGAAGGCAGUUCGCAACAUCACUAAAAGGCCCUUGACAAAUUAUUUGUGUCCCAGGCCCAUUACUUUACAAACCCCACUACAAAGACUUCCAUAGAAGUCUUUGAUUUGUUAUAAGAAGCUAAAAAAAAGAAUUGUCUAAAUACCAAGUCCAGAAAACAAGGUCUUUUGUUGUUUCCUUAAAACAACCAGGCUGCUAAGGUGCAGUGGGGCAUUACAUAGGUACACACCUCCUGUUCUUGCUCCAGAACUGAACCACUAGGGGCCUAGGCACAUUUGAAGAAAUCCUCAAGGUAUUGUCCAGCAAUGAACUCUUAAAUCCUUCAAUUAUUUUAAUUCUUUAUUUAUUUGGCUGCAUCAAUAUUACAAGGGUAUGGGAUUAUAAGUGAUUAAAUCCUGCCUUCAGUUAAGAUUACCUUUGAGAUUGAGCAGAGGAUUUAUGGCAUGUGAAAGUUUAUCUGUUUAGGAUAUUUAGGAAGGUGAGCCAUGUAGUAGAUAUCUUGAAAGGGUGGAUGCUGUUGUCGAAACCAAGGUGUGAUAGAUAAGGGGACCGUUUAGUAAAUUUGUCAUAAUGAAUAGGCCUGUGCAACAUAUUUCCCAUUUGGAUGGAUCUGGAUAUAGCAAAUUAAUAUGAACUGGUUUAUAAAUAUAUAAUAAUCUGUGAUUAAAUGUUAUUUGAAGAAAUAUGACAAAUAUCGCCCACCUUAUGGUGAGAUCAGUUAUUGGAUGAAACUUUGCAGAGGAAAUUUUAAUAUAGCAAGUAUUGAAAUAUAGGUUAAAUCAUAUAACAUAUGAAAUAUAGAAAAUGGAUGAGAUAUUAACAGAGAGAUGUUUAGACCGUGUUUCCUUUAGUUAAUGUCUGAGGUUUAUUCACUGAACUGUGGAUUAUAUAGAAAUUUAGUUGAAAAUAAUGAAGCUGGAAAAAUGGCUGGAACUGGAACUAUUUCCACUUUGACUAUUUUAGGCUUAUAUUUACUAUUAUCAUAAUCAACCCCAGACUGGCCAUUGGGCAAACCAGGAAAAUUCCAAGUAGGCUGUGAUGAUCCCAUGGACCAAGGUUGACACAGGGAGAUCAAAGACCAAAUAUCGCCCUCACCAGCCCAGUGCGCCCUGCUGAGGCUAAGAACACCAGCAAAACUUUAAAUUAUGUGUACCCUCCCCAAGGUCUGGCCAUUCAGAGCGGUGAUGUGGAAUACCAUAACAGCCAUCUAAUACUACACAGUGCUCAUAGGUGCAGGCUAGGAUCUCUCACCACUGAACGACUAGGGUCACGCAUGGUAAAAAUUAAAAAAAGUAUUACAUUUCUCCUGCCACCCCCUCAUCAGGCAUACACCUCUAUAAGUCCUUACCUCAUUCCCCACAACACAGCCUCAGUCCCACCCACACAGUCACACACACACACACACACCUAUUACAUCCACUUUACAUAUACACACUUACAUCCGCUGAUCCCCUACACACACACUGGGUACCCUAUACUCACAUACUAUCUGCAGUCCCUACAUAUACACACUUUCUACACUCUUACACACACUAAAGUCCAGAUACAUGACAUCUUCUACAAACACAAACUAUAUCCCUUGUACACACGUCCGCUCCUAUACACACCCACUCAUUAUCCACUAUACAUACUCUAUGCACACACAUAUUUUACACACACAUUUUACAUUACCUACAUACACACUACAGAUCCUGUACACGCACACAACACUUCCUAUAAAUACUACAGCCCCUAUACGUGUGCACACAUACUACAAUACUAUUUUCUAGCCCUUUUGUCUUCUAACAUCCCAUUUAUGGAGACACCACAGACAGGCCACCAGAAAACACAGUGCAAGUAUAUCAUUAAACUCACUUGUCCUGUCCAAAAUAAACACUGGGUGUGAUGGAUACCUCUGCCGACGGUUGCUCCUAGCGCUACUCAAGGGCCAUCAGCACCGCACUUGACACCGUAGGCACUGCAGACUGCACGAACCGCCGUAGCUUGGUUAGGAUCUCGCCGUCUCCUUCCCACCCUGGGACUCCAACCUCUGGAUCCAGGAGUGUAUAGAAAGGACCUCCAAGAGAGUAUAGCGGCUCUCCUCCAAGAGAGUAUAGCUGGGUCUCUCCUCCAAGAGAGUAUAGCUGGGGCUCUCCUCCAGUAGAGUAUAAUGGGGGCUCUCCUCCAGGAGAGUAUAGCUGAAAAGAGAGGGAGCUCUUACAAGAGCUAGCAUUGAUAUAGCUGGUAUAGCUGGUAUAGCUGUUCCCUACAACAAGAGCCAAGGCUACAAGUUGAGGGCAAGAAGAUUUGGUUUAUUGAGUGCAAGGGGCAUUUCUUUUAUACAGUUUUCCCCACAAGGUUACAACCCACGUGGAUCUUGUUGGGCACCGACAUCACAAAUCUAACAACCAAUCAUUUACAGACACGCAGUUAAACACUCCCCUUCAUUACUGUAAAAGUAAUUGCUGUAUCAACUCAAUUAUCUCCAAGCGAAAAAUAUACUUUUCAAACAAUUUCCAUAACUUUAUAACUAUACAUGCAAUAUUAAUAAGAGUUUUUAGAACCAGCAUACUUAGGGGACAAACAUAUCUAAAAUUCGUGAGAAUUGGUCCAGUGGUUUGGGAGAUAGCUGGAAGUCAUAUUUGACCGACCGCACGCACGCACAUUUUCAUGCCCAAAACAGUUCCAGAGAUUUGAGUUGUGCGGCCGGUCUAUUCCCCAUAGUUCAAAUACUGUUAGAAUGCAUGAACGGGUGCCGUUCAUGCAAAUAGCAAUGUUAAUGUGGCGUUCGUACUGUCGAACGCCGUUCAACUCAAUUUGAAGUGUUGAAGUUCCAGAGAAGGUAGAAGUUCAGCGGUGUUCGCGCCAUCGCGUAUCCGAUUUUAGUUCCAUGAGCUCGACGACCAAACACCGCUGAACGCAUUCGAAUUAAUUAAAAUGGCUCCCACCACGUGUUCGUUUGUCGAAUGGCGGCCACUUCGACUACUUCAGCACUUCGGCAGUAUCAUAACACGUAAGUGUAAGUCUGGCUGCUUAACUUUGUUUAACCGCUCAUUUAAAAUCGGGCCCUACAAUUAUUGCCAUAAGCUUUGACAUUUCUUAAGAUUCUGGCAACACCAAGAACCCAUCAACUCAACUAAGAGAUCAACAAUAACAGACAGGCAGGAUUUUGAAAUAAACCUAACACACAUAUGUGUAACAAAAUGUUAAGCUACAUUGUGCAUUAAAAAUGCAACAUUUACCCUGCAGAGAAAAUUUAUUUAGAAAAUUGGGAAGACUAGAUGGGCCGAAUGGUUCUUAUCUGCCGUCACAUUCUAUGUUUCUAUGAGAAAGAGUGAAAACACAGACAUAUUACAUAGUAAGGCUCACUUGAAUUGUUUGAGAGCAGCAUUGUCUGGUAAUGUUUUAGUUAGUCUAAAUUAAAUUGCAAUAACAAUUACCAAUUCUAGUUUUUAUUGAUGGAUCUGUGCAUUUGGCAGUUGGGGUGUUGGGGUUACCCACUACCCCAAACAAUUGAACAUUUUGCUAGACUAAACAGCACCAAUUACCAUCUUCAUAAUUUGGCCUUAUUGCAAAGAUAAUUCUCUGGAGGUUAAAGGGGCACUAUAAUCACCUAAACAACUUUAGCUUAAGGUAUCAGUUUUGGUUUAUGGAUAAUGCUCCUGCAGUCUCAUCGCUCAAUUCUCUGUCAUUUAGGAGUUAAUCACUCUGUUUCUGCUUAUGCAGCCCUAAUCACAUCUCCCCUGGCUGUGACUCACACAGCCAGCAUGAAAAAAAAAGUUUCAUUUUUAAUUGGAUGUUAAAUGACUUUAUGAUUACUUUAUACGUUUUUAUAUCCUGCUCUGUAAAUUGAAGUCACAUACAGGAGGUUUCUGCCAGGGCCAGUGCAAGUAUUUUUGCUACCCUAGGCAAACAAAAAUGUGCCGCCCGCCCUGUGCUCUGUUCGCCACUUUGGGACUUCUGCACUUUGGGCCUUCGGCACUUCCGGAGUUUGGCAAUUCCCUUCCCCUAACCCUACCCCUAACCCUACCCCUAACCCUACCCCUAACCAUACCCCUAACCAUACCCCUAACCCUACCCCUAACCCCACCCCUACCCUUAACCCUAGCCCCAACCCUAGUCCCAACCCUAGCCCUAACCCUCCCCCUAACCCCAACCCUACCCCUAACCCUAGCCCUAACCCUAGCCUUACCCCAUACCCCUAAUCCUAGCCUUACCCCUACCCCUAACCCUACUAGGGUUAUGGGUAGGGUUAGGGGUAGGGUUAGGUCUAGGGUGAGGGUUAGAUUCCUGUCAUCAUUCCCUUAAUUUUCCCUCCCUCUCCUGUUUUGCCAGUUUCAGAAAUCCAAAGCACUUCGGCACUUACGAAAUUCGGGACUUUGGCAGUUCAGGUCGGCAUUUUGGCAAUUCUGUUCAGUUCAACACUUCUGAAAUUCAGCACUUCAGCAAUUCGGACAUUUGGAAGUAUCCGAAUGUCCGAAUUGCUGAAAUUCGUCCGAAUUUAAAUUCGGACCGAAAUGAAUUGCACGUCUAGUGGUUCUGGUGCCUAUAGCCUGUCUGUUCAGGCAUUAAAAGGCCUGCAGGGACAAACUAUAGGCACCAGAACCACUACAUUAAGAUGUGGUGGUUCUGGUGACUACAGUGUCCCUUUAAUGUGGGAUAAAUUAGAGAUUAGUGCCUCUAAUAAUAAAACUGUUUGUAACACUGCUCUCAAAAAUCAACGAACAGGAAGCAGCUCCAUUUUUUGGGGCCCCUUACGUGAGUAUGCCAGCCAAUAAGUCCACCUACAUGGCCCACCCAUGAGUUCGCUCACAGGGAGUGGAGUGUAUGAGUGUAGGGGAUGUGUUGUGUGUGUGUAUAGGGGAUGCAGUGUGUGUUUGUGUGUAAGGAAUGCAUUGUGUGUUUCUGGGUGUGUGAGUGUAAGGGAUACAUUGUGUGAGUCUGUGUUUGUAUGUGUAAGGAAUGCAUGGUGUGUUUCUGUGUAUGUGUCUGUAAGGGGUGCAUUGGAUGUGUGUAAGAGAUGCAUUUUGUUUCUGUGUGUGUGUAAGAAAAGCAGUGUGUGUGUAAGGGAUGCAUUGUGUGUUUUUGUAUGUAAGGGAUGCAGUGUGUGUGUGUAAGGGAUGCAUUGUGUAUGUGUGUGUGUAAUGGAUGCAUCGUGUGUUUCUGUGUGUGUAAGCGAAGCAUUGUGUGUUUCUGUGUGAGUGUAGGAUGCAUUGUAUGUUUCGGCGUGUCUGUGUGUGAGUAGGGAUGCAUUGUAUGUUUCUGUGCAUGUGUGUGUGUGUAGGGAUGUGUAAGGAAAUCAAGUAUAGCUGAACCGCUUUGAUAAUUCCUCCUGCAAUGCCAGCGUCUAAGGUAGUUCUAAGCAAUGAAGUCCAUAAGAAAUAUAACAGCUUCCCAAGAUAAUCCCCUUGGUAAAGCAUACGAAUUCCCAAAUAACAGUCAGAGUCCAGAAUCAGGAUACCAGUAGAUCUGAGGUCUGGAAUCUCCAGCCUGCUUUUUAUUGAGGUUACAGACAAGAAGUACACACCCAGGGGGAGGCAUUAAAUCACCAAUCAGGUAUAGGUUACAGCCCACACCUCCCUCCCCUCUGAUAAACAGUUAACUUAAUUAAAACGUGCACUAUUUUACCCCAGUUCUGGAUGUACCCCAAAAACAGGGGGUACACCUUUAAAUUUGGUACCGCUGGAUAGUUCUCAUUUGUGGGGACAACAUAUCAAAAAAUCAGUCCAUUCGGAUGAAUGGUUCGGGAGUUAUGGAACACUAAAGUUUUGACCGACCGCACGGACCAUCUAGCCGAAAAUAGUUCCAUAAGUUUUGGCCCUGCGGUCGGUCUCCGUUUAGGCGAAUAAAAGAGACGAAAGCCCUGCCAUCCAUUCGCAUCUUUGUGAUCGUUGAAAUCCCCAUACUAAGUUACAUGUAACUACCGAACGGCCGGUGAUUCGGUCGUUCCCGUGCGAAGUUCUGGAUGUAUGGAGGUCUCAGCGGUGUUCGCCUGUUUGCGUAUCCGAUUUUAGUUCCACGCGUUGACGGGCAAACACCGCUGUUCGCACGUAAAAUGGCCGCGGCCACGGGUAAAGUGCCGAAAUGGCGGCCACCUAUAUUUUACACAGGAAAUUCGCCUGAAUCCAUCCGAAGGGUAGAAAUGAAAGCUAUAUGCCGAAUUCCAGCUGAAUUUGGUGAAUUAACUGUACAAAAAAAGGUAGAAAUCCUGAUUAACGGAGUCGUUUCUUCACAGGAUGCAUUGUGUGUUUCUGUGUAUGUGUAAGGAUGCACUGUGUAUGUGUGUAGUGUGAAAGAGAGGGCUUAUGGGGUAGGAUAGGGGCUGAGAGGGGAGCAGCUCUUUAUUUUGAUAAUUAUAUUUAUUUUGUUAAUAUACUUUUUUUGGUAUAUUUUUUCUUUAAGGUUUGUGUCUUAUCCCCCCUUUAGUUUAUCUCUUACAAGCCCCUUGUGUGUCUUUUACCCCCCCUCUUUGCAUGUCUUCUACAUCCUCCCAACCCCUUUGCGUGUCUUACUCCCCCAAGCCCCUUUGUGUCUUACUCUUCCCAGCUCCUUUGUGUGUCUCUUUUUCCCCCAGGCUCCUCUGUGUGUCCCUCUCACAAGUGACUCUAUGUGUCUCUAUCUGAGCCCCUCUGCGUGUCUCUGUCUCCACUAUCAGACCCUCAGUGCUUCUCUUUCAUCCCUUCCUCAAUCUCUCUGUUUGUCUUACACUUCCCUCAUCCAUUAAUGAUCUCUUUCACUCCCCCCAUCCCUUAGUGGUCUCAUCUUCUCUCCUCCCCCUGUCCCUUAGAGGUCUCCUCUUCUCCCCCUGCCCCUUAGAGGUCUCCCCUCCUGUUCCUUAGUGUUCUCCCCUCCUGUCCCUUAGUGCUCUCUCUUGCCCCCUGUCCCUUAGCGCUCUCUCAACCCGUCCCUUAGAGCUCCACCCUCCUGUCCCUUAGUGCUCUCCCCUUCUCUCCUGUCUAUUAGUGAUCUCACGUAUCCCUUAGUGCUCUCUCCUCUCCUCCCUUAGUAUUCCUCUCCCCACCCUGUCCCUAAGUUGUCUCCCCCCCUUUGGUGGUCCUGUCUCCCUCUCCCCCAUUUUAGUGGUCCUACCUCUCCCACUCCUCCCUCUUAGUGGUCCUACCACCCCCCUUCUUGAUGGUCCUCUCCCUCCCCCUUAGUGGUUCUCUCCUUCCCCCUACUUCCCCCCUUGUGCCUAAGUUGCCUAUAGGAAGUGCCAGCCCUGGGUUUCUCUGAGGUAUAGCAAACUGCUGACAGUGCAGGAGAUAAGAACUUCUAAAUUAAGCAGAAUGUGCAAUUAAGGAAGUUUAAACAUUAGAUUAUUCAUUACAGGAAGUGUUUAGGAAGGCUGUGUAAGUCACAUGCAGGGAGGUGAGACCAGAGCUGCAUAAACAAUGUGAUUUAACUCCUAAAUGGCAGAGAAUUGAGCUGUGAGACUGCAGAGUCAUGAUCUACACACGAAAACUGGUUUAUUAAGCUAAAGUUGUUUUGGUGACUAUAUUGUCCCUUUAAACAUCUCUGAGGACAUGUACACAUCCUAGAAAAAUCUGUUAACUUGUUUCUCCAUUGUAGUACAUGACAGCAAUAGGUACUGUGUAGAUGAUUGCAGAUUAGCAGUUCUGAGUGUCUGUGAUUGUAUAAAAUAGUUAAUUCACUUUGAACUACGAAUAAGUCACCUUUUAGUGAAUAUAUGUACACAUUUGUAUUACUGUAUUAUUUAAUAUAACUAUGUAAUUCUAAUAAAUUAAUGUUUUUUACAUCAGACAAACGAUAUGUGUACUCAAGUAGUUAUUUCAUUACACAAGGAGAUAAACAGUUUUGUGAUAACAUAUUUAUCUUCUAAUUUAGAUAAAAGAUCAGAAAUAGUCAGCAAACAUUUAAAACUGCCCAUGGAUACAGUUCUGAAAGAAACAAGAGACAGUGGGACUAUGCAGGAGGAAACGUCAGAUCGCUGGGCAAAGAAAAGAAAGCAAUUUAAAGAAACCAAAAAUUGCAAUUCUGCUGGAGCUAGCUCAUUGACUAGUAUUCUCACUGAGGAAUCCGGUUAGUAUCUGUAUUUUUAUAUCAAUGUUCACGUAUUGUCUCAACCAUACGGCAGUAGGAUUGAUUAUUCCAUCCUUAUUCCUUCCUUCCAACCAUCCAUGGGGGGCAUCCACUGAUCAGCCACAACAUUAAAAUAACGGACAGAUGAACUGAAAGACAUUGAUUAUAUCAUUACAAUGGCACAUGUCAAAGGGUGGGUUAUAUUAGGCAGUCAGUUUUUGAAUGUCAUGUGUUGUGAUGGGCAAGUGACAAAGGCCAAAUAGUGAUGGCUAGACAACUGGGCCAGAGCAUCUCUAAAAUGGCAAGUCUUUUAAGGUGCUCCCAGUAGUGGCUAUUACCUACUAAAAGUGGUGCAAGGAAGGAUAACCAGUGAACCGGCAUCAAGGUCAUGCACACCCAAAGCUUAUUGAUACAUGUGGGGACUAAAGGCUUGCCUGUCUGGUCCGAUCACAGAGAAGAGCUAAUGUAACUUAGAUUGCUGAAAAACAUAAUGCUGGCCAUAAUAGAAAGGUGUCAGAACAAACCGUGCAUUGCAGUUUGCAGUUCAGCUGCAGACCGGUCAGAGUGCCCAUGAUGAUGCUUGUCCACUGCUAAAAGCACCUUCAGUGGGGACGUGAGCAUCAGAACUAGAUCAUGGAGCAAUGGAAGAAGAUUGCCUGGUCUGAUGAAUCACGUUUUAUUUCAGAUCAGGUGGAUGGCCGGGUGAAUGUGUGUCAUUUACCUGGGGAAGAGAUGGCAACAGGAUGCACUAUGGGAAGAAGGCAGGCAAUCAUGUCAAUAUUACCUUGACACGUACAACCUACCUAAAGAUUUUUGCAGACCACAUACACCCCUUCAUGGCAAUGCAGUUCUCUGAUGGCAGUGGCAUUUUUCAGCAGCAUAAUGCACCCUGCCACACUGUAAAAAAUUGUUCAGGAGUGAGGAACGUGACCUCCAUCCGAUUGAGCAUCUGUGGAAUAUGCUGGAACAACAAAUGUUUUAAUGUUGUGACUGAUCAGUGUGUAGAGGUACAAUACCACCAUUAUGGUAAUAUGGACCCCAAUAGAAUUUCUAUUUAUUUCAUAUUUUUUUUCCUUUUUUUUUUAUAUGGCGGCCGGUUAUGCUGGUUAGUGUGUACGUAAUUAACCUUUACACCACGGCGGGUUUUUUACUAUUUGCUCCCUGGCUGCUAGCACUGUCAGUAAGCGAAUAGUUCAAAUUUUCUUUUUUUUUAAUCUGGACCUCGAGUUGAAGCCUUUAAGUUUAAUUCAUCUAAACCAGAUUUCAGCUAUCCGGUGGUGUUCAGUACGAAUGAAAUCCCGAACGAAUUUACGACUGUUCGGGACCUGAUUUACACAAUCCGGAAAUUGCUGAACUCCAACAACAAUGCCCAGAUUUUGCAAUCAGAAUGCAAUCUGAAAGACUUUAGUGAAUAAAACUGGUAAAAUUCACUUUGGACUUAUUUUGCAUUUUCACUUUAGCAGAUAGCUCUGUAUAGUAGUCGGAAAACAACCUGGGAAAAUUCGACAUGCUGAAAUAGAUUAUUUUGGCUUGCAGUGGGCAAAUUGGUUGUCAGCCCCACAGCCUCAUGCUCAAUGAAUAAAGGAAAUGUCCUGAAUGUCUACUUCACCAAGAAGAAAAAGCUAUAUCUAUUAUACUAAGGGAAAUGUUUUCUGAAACUUCCACAGGCACAAAGUUUUGAUUUGGAAAUCAGCACUCACUGCAUUGUUCACCAAUGUUGAUUUUCUGCCAAUUCCAGGCCAAAAUAGCUAAGAGAAAAAUAUAGCUGACUUGGAUCAUUUAUCAAAUGUGACUAUUUUGACAAAAAUAAAUCUGACUUUGUGCUUAUUGUAAAUUUCCAAAAUUUUAAUGGAUAGCUUUUACCAUGAAAAUGGCUUUUAUACCAUGUAUCGGGAUUAGGAAACCUUUGGCUUUCCAGAUGGACAUCUUCCUUGAUGCUUUGCAGCAUUACGACUGAAAGAACAUGUGGAGUGCCUACAUUUGCCUACCACUGCCAUAUAUUGUGAUUUCAAAACAGUUUUUCGUACAGUUUAGCGGUGGGUACAGUAUAUCAGCUCCCUUCCCCCCAGAAAAAAAUCUAUUUAAGUCACUGUAAGCUAAUGCCAUAAAUUUGGCCUAAUAAAUAUGUCAACGAUAAACAAUACAAGCAUGUCUCUGUUUUUUCUUUUUUGCUAAUGGUUGAAAACGAUACACUUACAGGAAGAUGCGACAUGUAGGUUUGGUUGCUUCAAAGAAUUUUGCAGAUUAUGUAACCAUCUGUUUAUUAACACAGUUUUUUUCAUGCUGAGGAUUCAUAUGACAUAAUAAAGCAGUCUGUUAAAGUAAAACAAAUGCAGCUGGUAUCUGAUACAUAUGUCUUUAGAUCAUUAGGUAGUAUGACUAUGUUCUAAUGGAGAAAUCUUCAUUUCAGGAUAAAAGGCCAGGUAAUAACUGUAUGUGUGUGUUUUGUCAAUCUGAUCUGUCUUCAGUAAAGUAGAUAAAUAUUUACAGGCAUCAAAUUGAUUCGAAGGAUUUUUUUGAUUUUUAUGUUUGUUAAACACUGUAAAAGAUGUGAGAUGCUAGGAUUAUAUUUCGUUUUUAUGUCUAUAUAUAAUAAUAAUUUAUUCAUGCCAUACUGUAAAAUGUCAUGUAACUAUAUAAUAUAAUAAUAAUGUGACAUUGUAUGAGUUUACUAUGUUUUAAAUUAAUAGAAAAUGUGAUUUAUUUUUAUUUAUUUUUAUUCCACGAUAUUUUGCAUUUGAUACUGUUCGCUCUGUUGUACUGCAUAGUGCGUUGUAGGCAAUAGUUUACUUCCUGGAGUGCUGCGAGUUACCCCACCAUAUACUUUGCAUUGCCUCAAAUCUUUGGCAAUCAGAGGAUUGUGUCCAGUUACUUAUAUUACAGCUGUUAAUGUCUUAUAGCUAAUUAUUUUGUGAAUGACAGCUUGCUGCAUUGUUGCUUAGUAAAAAGGGCACUGUGUUAAUAGUCGUAGUAUUAUAGUAGUAAUAUUACUUAUAUAGCACCAACUAUCUUCUGCUAAUAAAACUGUUGAUCACACACACCUUCUUCCACCUCUUCACCAUGGCCUUCAUGACUCUUUUGCUUUGUGGUCCAUGUCUAACCUCUUCUAAUGCUUCUUCACCAUCUACUUUUCUGAUAUUACCUUCUCCUCUCAGCUUGUUCAUAGUUGUAGCCCCUUAACAUGUGUGCCAACAUUUUUUAUGUUUUUUCUUUCCUUAACCGCUGAGCCAAAUGUACACGUUGUGACCAAACAAAAUGUAAACAAAAACUUGAAUUUGCGCUAUAUGUCUGUUCAGGCGUAAUUUGCCUCUUUCAUAUUAUGUGCACGCACACUUAUUAUACAUCAUUUUAUUCCAGGGAAACAUGGCUUUCAUUUAACAUCAAAUGUUUAGGUAUGAAACAUAAUUUAAUAUGAAUAAAAUAUAAAAAAAUGGGAAAAAAAUACAAUUUUUUUUUUAAAAAUUAGUUCUACGUGACAUUCUAACUGUGAGUGUCAUAAUACUGUUUUCUUUUACUGCAAUAAAAUACACAUAUUUGUGUUCAGCAAUGUCUCACGUGUAAAACAGUACCCCCCAUGUACAGGUUUUAUGAUGUUUUGGGAAGUUACAGGGUCAAAUAUAGCAUGUUACAUUUUUCCGUUUUUUCACAUUGAAAUUUGCCAGAUUGGUUACGUUGCCUUUGAGACCGUAUUGUAGCCCAGGAAUGAAAAUUACACCCAUGAUGGCAUACCAUUUGCAAAAGUCCAGUCUUUUUUAGUAGCCACUUGGUCACAAACACUGGCCAAAGUUAGUGUCAAUAUUUGUUUGUGUGUGAAGAAUGCAGAAAACUAAUUUGAACGCCAAUUUUGGACAGUGUUUGGGACUAAGUGGCUACUAAAAAAGACUGGACAUACCCCAUUUGCAAUACAUUGGGUUGUCUACUUUUGCAAAUGGUAUGCCAUCAUGGGCUACCAUACGGUCUCAAAGGCAACAUAACCAACCUGGUGAAUUUCAAUGUGAAAAAACUGAAACGCAAGCCUUAUAUUUGACUCUGUAACUUUUGAAAACACCAUAAAACCUGUACAUGAGGGGUACUGUUAUACUCGGGAGACUUCGCUGAACAGCAAUAUUAGUGUUUCAAAUCAGUAAAACGCGUCACAACAAUUAUAUUGUCCGUGCAAGUGCCAUUUGUGUGUGAAAAAUGCAAAAAAUUUCACUUUUACUGACAAUAUCGUCAUUGUAAUACAUUUUACUGUUUUAAAACACUAAUAUUUGUGUUCAGCAAAGUUUUCCGAGUAAAACAGUAACCCCCAUGUACAGGUUUUAUGGUGUCUUGGAAAGUUACAGGUUUAAAAACAGUGCUAGCAAAUUAAAUUCCCUGGACUUUUGGCCUGGGUUGUCAGGCAGGUCUCGCUAAUUGUAAUUAAUAAAAUGACCUAAUUAUGAAAUUUUAUUACAUAAAUAAAUGCGUAGAAUUAUUAUAUAUAUAUAUGUAAAUUCGUGCAGCUGAGCACCGGGCCAAUAUACGAAGGAAAGCUGGAGUGGAGCUUCUAUCGGACUAUAUAUGUGUGUGUAUAUAAUGUUUUAAAAUUAUUUUUAUUUAUAUUUAGGUAUAUAUAUAUAUAUAUAUAUAUAUAUAUAUAUAUAUAUAUAUAGUGAUAUAUAUGUAUAUACUUAUGUAUAUAGAUAUAUAUUAUUUUGUUCUACAUGUAUUUUGAUAUUAAUAUAUAUAUUAAUUUUAAAAUACAGUUAGAAUGAAUUUACACAUAUAUUUUUUUUAUGUAUUUAUUUUUUUAUAUUAUAUAUAAAUAUAUAUAUAUAAUUAUAAUAUAUAUAUAUAUAUUUAAUCAAUAUCAUUGUACGUGUAUUUUGAUAUUAAUAUAUAUAAUUAAAUAUAUUAAUAUUAAAAUACACAGACUAUGUAUGUGUGUAUAUGUGUAUAUAUAUAUAUAUAUAUAUAUAUAUACUUAGAUCAUAUAUAUAAUGAAUAUAUAUAUGAUCUAAGUAUAUAUUUUAUUUUUAAAUUUAUUUUUUUUACAUUUUACAGGCAGUAGGGGGAGUACCUGUCAUUACAGGCACUCCCCCUGCUGGUACUGCCUUGGACGGCUAUGCCGUCCAUGUGAUUGUGAGGUCCUCGCAAGGACCUCGUGAUCACAUGGCCCAGGGGGGUCAAAGAGGAUGGAGGGGGACUCCCUGGGCUCCCAGGUCAGUCCCCAUACCACGAUCGCCGGCAACCGGGUAAGUAGAAAGGAAGGAUCUCUAACAGCCAUCUAAGGAGUGGCCAGUGAAGUUAGCACUAGGCUGUAAUGUAAACACUGCAUUUUCUCUGAAAAGACAGUGUUUACAGCAAAAAGCCUGAAGGUAAUGAUUCUACUCACCAGAACAAAUUCAAUAAGCUGUCGUUGUUCUGGUGACUAUAGUGUUCCUUUAAGUGUCACAUUUGACUGCAUGUUAAAAAUAUUGUAAAAUCUAGUGGUCACUAUUCUAUCCUAAUUCUCCUCGACCUUUCUGCUGCUUUUGAGACUAUUGAUCAUCAACAGCUUUUUCUCAUCCUCCAUAAUCUCAGUCUACAAGAUACUGCUCUCUUCUGGUGCUUCUCCUACCUUUCCAGCACUCUUUCAGUGUUUUUUUUCUCUGUCUCUGUUUCUUCUCUGCAACCCCUCCCUGUUGGUGUUUCCCAAGGUUCUGUCCUUGGUCCUCUAUUGUUCAAAGUCUACACUGCCCCCGUGGUAAUUGUUAUGCAGAUGACACAGGAAUGUAUCUGUCCUCUCCCGAUCUCUCACUUUUCCUUGACUCGCAUUUCUGACUGCCUCUCUGCUCUCUUAUAACUGGAUGGUUGUUUACUUCCUUAAACCUAAUCUGUCCAAAGCAGAACAUCUUGUCUUUCCUUCAUCAAGUGUUGCUAUUCUUGUGUCUGUCUCCCUCAAAGUCAACAGCACUAUCAUCAGUUUUACCUUGCAGGCUCGCUGUCUAGGUGCUUCACCCCUCAUGUCCAGUUGAGUGCCUAAUCCUGCUGCUUCCAUCUCAAAAAUGGAGUAUGUAUCCACCUCUAUUUAACACCGGACAUGAAUAAGUUGCUGGUCCAUGCUGCUAUCCUUUCUUCCCUUGCCUACUUCAAAAUGCUUCUCAGUGGUCUUAGGUGUUCCCAACUUGUCCCACUACAGUCUAUAAAGAAUGCUGAUCUUCCGGUCUGCUCACUCCUUCCCCUUUUAGUCGUUACAUUGGCUUCCAUAAGAUAUAGGGCUCAAUUUAAAAUUCUGAUACUUGCUUACAAAUCUCUACAAAACACCGCUCCUACCUAUCCUCCUUAAUAGACAAAUAGGUCCCGUCUAGGCCACUCCAUUCGGCCAAAGACUUGCGUCUAUCCUCUGUUCAUACUCCCCCUUUUGAUGCUCACCUACAAGCCUUCCCAAGGGCUGCACCGUUCCUGUGGAAUUCCCUUCCCUUCUCCUUUAGACUUUCACCCAGUCUCCAAUCCUUCAAAAAGCUGCCUCUACUCUUCACAUGCUCUUGCUUAAGUAUGAAACCUUACGAGUGAUGUAGGGGAACAAAAUUUGUGUGAACUGGCUGACAAUGAAAUGAGUUAAGGUAAAGCUGACCUUGCGCACUAUGCAAAUGCUCUUGUUACUUCAGUCUCUCUAACACUGUGGCAUGUUCCCUUUCUUCUACACUCACUACCUCCACUUUGUCUAUGUCACUGACUUUAUAACAGAAGCUUCUGUGUGCUAGAAAGAAGGUUAGGAGAGGAGUGGACCAGCGAGUGCUAGCGCAUUACACAUUUAUGCCAAGCUCUGCACAGUAUGCCCUUGGUUGGUCAUCCUGCAUGAUUGGCAGGCAGACUGACGUGCACGACACACUGACCCUCUAAUUCUUUGGGCAGACACACCCCCUUUUUGGGCAUGUUUGUCCCUUUUGGGCAGUUCUGGUUUCGUGAUUGACAUCAGUGGCCCACCCUUUUACGGCACCCACCAAAAUCCUGCUUCACCGGACACUGCUGUUAGGGGGUAUGGACAGGGCUGUCUAUAAUAUGAUUAGGACCAUGGGCAAUGCAUUUUCUUGGGCCCCCUGGGCCCUGCUCCUCCCACCCUCCCACCCCCCAAUUACGCCCAACCCAUAAUCACACUGACAGACAUACUGACACAUACACACAGAUAGACAUAUUAAAACAUUCGCAGAUACAUACUGACACACACAUACACUGACACACAAAUAUAAACUGGGAGACAUAUUGACACACAUUCAGACAUACUGACACACAUACAGACACACAUACACAAAUACACACACACACACACAGACACAUACACUGACAGAUAUACUGACACACACAGACAAAUACACUGACAGACGUAUUGACAAACAAACACAGACAUGCUGACACACACAGGCAUACUGACACACACGCAGGCAUACUGACAGGCAUACUGACACACACACAGGCAUACUGACAGACAUACUGACACACACACACACACAGGCAUACUGACACACACACAGGCAGACAUACUGACAAACACACAGACAUACUGACACACACACACACACACAAACAUACUGACACACACACACAGACAUACUGACACACACAAACACACACACACACACACACACACACAGACACACAAACAUUUUCUUUUUAGCCACCCUCCAGGUUCUUACCUUUUUCUGGAGGGUGGUUUCCAGUGGCAGGCUGAGGCAGUUGGGAGUUCUCCUCCCGUGCAGCUGUGAUCUCCGGUGGGAGGAAGUGACGCGCGGCACUCACUUCCUUCCAGUCGGCUGCCGAUCAGGAAGGGGCCAAACCGGGCCCCAGCUGACACAUGCCCACCAGGUGGCCGUUAGUGCAUGGGCUGCCCGGGGGGCCUCCUUAGUGUGUGGGCCGGUGCGGCUCUGUGCAGUCACACCACCUGGUCCAUGGGGCAGCUGCUCCAGUCCCCCCCAGGAGCAACUAGGCCGAGGGCAGCUGCCCCGUUUGCCCCGCGUUAAAGACGGCCCUGGAUAUGGAUUUACUUGAAAGAUAUAAGUGAGAGAUUAGCAUAGGAUAUGUGUUUUCUAAUUGCUAGAGUUUCCCUCCAGCACCACCUCCAUCAAACACAUGACACUUGGGAGGUAUGACUGUUUUAGUGUUUUCUGUCCAUAAGAUUCUGUAAUUAGGCCCAUCAUAAUUGUGAGCACCAGGCCCAGUGGGCUCUUAAUACGGCCCUGCCCUCAACCCCCUCUGUUCCUGUGCGUCUAACUGGUCUGGUUCAAAACACGUGUCUGUUAAUCCACCCAUUGUACAGCGCUAUGGAAUUUGUUGGUGCUUUAGAAAUAAUAAUAAUAACAUAUAAACUUUGUUAUAUAAAACAGUAUAAUUACUCCUAUAGAAAAAAAAAAAGAAGUGUAAGUUUAUAUCAUUGAGUGCAUCCUGUUUUCUUUCCAUUAUUUGCUCUUUUCUUACUUUGUGUUAUGUAUGUACAUAGGAAACUCUGAAGAAUCUCGUUCUGUAGAGACUGGAGUUCGAGCUGAAAACAAGGAUAAAGGUUUAUAUACUGAGAGCUUUCACUCGGCUGCGUGGAUUUUCAGAGGUGAUGACGCUGGUUUGGAAAAUAGUCCAAGAUGUCUCAGUAAAAGGUCCAGAUCAGUAGCAAGUAAGUUGUUUAUUUCUAAACUUUCAAUGGAUUUUAUAAUAACAUAAAAUGCUGAUUGUGUGGUUGAUCAAGCGUAUCAAAAUGUUAUUAUUUCAGGGGUUUCAUUGAAAACGUAAAUGAAUGUACUAUUUUUGCAUUGAUUAUAGUGCUAAGAAAUCCCUAGUCCAUAUUUCCCUUUGCACUAGGUUAUUCGAAAGUGUGAAUUCUAGGAAAAUAUCAAUUUCGAGGACAAACUGUCCAAAUGGACAAUUUUUCUAACUUGCCUAUUUUGCCUUAAAGAUACAUUUUCUUUGAGUUCACAGUGAAUUUUCAAAUAUUUAUUAAGCAAAAUGUAUUGCAGAAAUUAGCACAAAAAAAAUAAUCCCUGACUUUGAUAUAUAAUAGAGAUGUUACGCAUUGCUGCCCCAGCGCAAUGAUUUGCACCAUUCUAAAAUGCUAUAUAGUAACUCGUUUCUUGGAGUCGUAAUUCUACUGUGAGUUUUCUACUAUAGAAAGCGCAGGAACGUGAGACAAUUAGCAGUAACUACGAGAUCAAGGGCUACACAAAAGGCAUAAACAAAUGAAAAGUAUGUAAAAUAUAACACAUGGCGUGUGUAAUCACAAUAGGAGACAUGGAUGGGAACUUCAGUGAAAUAACAAAAAUAAAAAGAUUCUCUAAAAAAUAAAACUUUUAUUGUCGUAAGGAGAAAAUAUUGGACUAAAGAUAACAGUUAAAAAAAAAAAACUACUACAGAUGUGAUACAAGUUAUUUCUAUGGAACAACUCAUGAAUAGCCUCUGAUGGCUUUAAUAUCAGGAGUCACUGUUAUAUAGAAAUGUACCACUAGAGGUCUCCCUAGACUAGAUAUUAUCUGUAACUGAAAGAAUUGUAUGGACUGACAUAUUUCUACAAAUGUAUCUAGUAUAACCAAUAUAUCUCUAUAUGAAGAUCACAAACUAUGUAUACCACAAAAGAAAGUCAAAUUGUGAAACUAAUAAAAAUGUUGUGCUCUUUGAGUAUUCGCAUUCGGUUCCUCGACAAGUGCCGAGGGUCAUCAGCACUGGCAAGAGUUAAGUAUCAAUGUAAGUGUUGGACCUAUAGUAAUGGGCAGUGGGACAGUUUUGUCUGCCUAAUGCUAUAGUGUUCCUUUAAUGUAAAAUUACUAAACAAUUCUUUAUUAGAUUUUAUUAUGUAAAACAACAAUAUAAACCCAUGUCUCAGCAUAAAGAGCACAUUAACGAAUGUUUACAGCGCAAAAUUGUGCAUGUUUGUGUUUAGAUUAUAGAGACAUUAUAAAUAAUUGGCUACAGAAUUCUUCCUUAAAGAAUGUAAGACAUGCUUGUGCACCUUUUGUCAUAUUAUGGCUUCUACUUACACUUUCUUUGAAUAUAUCCCUGUAAUUGUCAUCAAUUUGAAAUCCUCGUCAAAGGUAAUACAGCAAGCCAUCUGUCUGCUAAUUUUCCCUGCACUGAAAUUCAGUAUUAAAUGUGCUGCUUUUCUGUGAAACAGUUCGCGAACGGACAGUGAGAAUUACAAAGGGUACAGGAGACUACCCUUGGGGCUUCCGUAUCCAGUUUUCGAAACCUAUUCUUGUUACUGAAGUGGAUACAAGUAAGUAUCAUUUAUUCUUCAUAGAUAUCAUUUAAAGGGGUAAGCUAGCAUCAUAGCCAUUAUGGCUAGUUGUAAUGUUUAUUAUUCCAGGAGUCCUUGAAUGCUAUCUCCCAUAUUGUGUCAAACCAUUUAUCUGCACCCAAAGUCUGCCUCCUCCAUUGUGGCUUGGCUGAUACAAUAUUAUCAAACUCAUUAUGUUAGCAUUGCCAUCCAAAAUUGCACUCUCAAUGUAAAAGCUCACUCUUCCUUAUUAGACAUAUUUGAGGACUAGGUAUUAGUGCUGAGGGAGCCAGUCAAGAGUGGCUUGGUACCCGCUAUGUGGGGGAAUAUCCAAUGAUUAUUUGAGUCAUCACCACCACCUUAUGUUUUAGAGGCUAAGGUGCUCUGAGUUUCCAUUUUGUGAGUGUGUAUUUGUGUGCCUAUAUUUAAAAAAAAAGGUUAUUCAAAUCUUGAAUGGUAUAUAUUUUAUAUUUCAAGUAUGUCUUCUAAUGUUAGCAAAUGUAAUUAAAUUAUUUUUUGUCAGGUGUCACGACUGGUAAAAGGCACGGGCGGGAGAUUAAAGUGUUGAGAUCUGAAAAGUUGUAUAAAGUUGCAAACAAGAUUUUCAUAGGCUUCACAGUAGUUGCAUCUCUUUCUGAAACUGACUCUUGUAACCCAACCUACCUGUGUCCUGGCACUUUAAUCAUGUUAUAAGCAUUUGAGUGGAUCCUGAUGAAUGACCCUAUUCUUAAUCACAUGACUAAGGCCCAACAUUAAUAUUGAUGGUGGAUAAGCUUUUCAAGUGAUUUAAAAUUUUUGGCAACAUUUUUAAAAUGUAAAAACAACUAUAUGAAAAACUUACAAAAUUAAAAAACAAAUUCAUAAAAUUAAAUAAUUUUGAAGGUUUAUCCAAAAACAUUAAAUCAUUUGAAAAAUGUAUCCAGCAAUAUUAAAUUGAGGCCUAAAUUAAUAGUGGGCAACGAUGACUAAAUAUAAUUAUUUUAUCCAGAGCUGCAUUGUUAUUUGGCAACUUUUUUUUUAUUUUUUAAAUCAAUUGUUUUUCUAAUUGUUUCUUUACAUAAUUAGAUGAUUUUAAACCCUGUAACGAUCAGUGACUCUGUGAUUUAUUAAAUCAUGGCAUACCUGGUAAAUUAUUGGACCUCAAGUAUUUAACGUCUACUUUUUCAUUAGAAUUAAUAUCAGCUUCUAUCGUCCGGUAGAUGGACCUGCUGAAGAAGCCGGCCUUCAGGUUGGAGAUAUAGUAAUGGCUGUUAAUGGAACGGAUGUCACUAGCAUCCCCCACUCGGAAGCAGCGACUCUCGCAAGACAAGGUAAGCCUACAUCUCUCUUUAAACAUUUAUGGUAAAAUAUAUUUUGAUUGAUUUCAAUAUAUCUUUGGGGAGAUGAACGAAUGUGUGAUGAACCACUCCAGUAUCUUAAAGGUUGUG